AUGGAAACGCCUCCAGCGAUAGAACCAGCUGAGUUGCCAGAAUCAAAAUAUUUACGUGCUGGCAAUAAAAACUUUUAUUUUGAUGUUGGCUCAAAUAAUCGAGGUGUAUUUUUACGUAUAUCAGAGGUGAAACCUGGGUUUCGAACUGCUGUUACAAUACCUGAAAAGGCUUGGGGUCGUUUUCGAGACAAUAUUAGUGAUUUUAUCUCGUCAAUGGAAAGUGAACGGUCAACACUCGGUGGUCCAAUAGCAUCAUCGGCCGCUGAUAAUAAUGAUCAACAACAAAAAUCAACUCAAGAAGCGCAAUCACUUCGUCAACAAAAUAGAACAGCUUUUUUUCCUGCUGAUUCGUCCUCUACCGGUAUAUCUCCGCCUUCCGUUGAGAAAACAUCUGUACAAACGCCACCAACAACUCCAGACAAAUUUUAUGAAAAAUUGAAAACAGUCUAUGAAUUACCGCGAUGGACCUGUGAAUGCACGUGGCGUCCGUGUUUAACACAUGAAGAAGCGUGUGAGUCUGAAAAUGAUGUACGAAAAUCAUUACCCACACUUGUGCCAAGUUAUUACAAUAAAAUUAUUCUGGAUAUUGUACAUCAUAAUGUAAAACCGUUAGAAAAAUUAGCUGAAGAAGUCUCACUUUCAAUUGGAUCCGGUUAUGUUGUGGGUGAAACUGUACAAUUUCGAAAGAAAAAAGAUUCACAAACUGUCAAAGGAAUAGUAGAAAAAAUUCAAGAACUCAGUGAAACGAAUGGUAGUACAACCGAUGAACAUUUAAAAAGAUCAUCAGAACGAAAGUCUACACCUACGCAACCAAAAUCGACUCCAGAAAAAAUUGUAAAAAAUUUCAAAUAUUCAAUACGUUUACUGAAUGAUGAUAAAAUAAUAACGAAUGUGAUACCGACAGAUUUACAACGUCCAACACCAAUACCAAAUCGAGAAAAAUUGAAAACGUUUAUACGUUCGUAUGCAAUACGUUUGGGAAAUCGUAUUGAUAGUCCAUGGAUAUUAUUUGAUAAUAAUAUUAAACAAAAAUAUCAAGUAAAAGAUCGUAUAUCAGAUAAUGUUAUUCAAAAAUUCAAAAAAGAAUUAUCAAUUACAUUAGAAGAAAUUUUAAGAGAACAAGAAAGAAUUCGACGGAAGCAAACUGAAGAAGCAGACAAUGAAGGAGCGUCAGCAACAACAACAACAACGGCAAAUAGUAAAGCGACACCAUCACGCAAUGGUUGGUCUUAUGAUGAAAAUAAUCACAUUGUUCUUCAUGAAUCCGAUGAUGAUGAAGAUGAAUCUGUACCAUUAUCAAAAUUAGUUGCACAAAUGACGUCUCCAACUAAACAACCACAUCCAAACCAAUAUUCUUCAAAAUCAAGAUCACCUUCACUGAAGAAAAAAUCAUCAACCUCUACUAACAAAGUUCAACCAUCGUCGUCUUCGUCCAAACAUUCUAAAAAAGAUCAACGUUCAUCAUCAACUAGUAAAAACAAAAAAUUAUCAUCUAAUGCUAAACAAUUAACGUUGACCGAUAUGAAAUUUACAAAAAAUUCUAGUACAUCUCCAUCAUCUAGUCAAAAAUUAUUAAAAAGUAUUCCUACACCACAUGCACAUCAAGUUAUAGUACCACUGGCAAUUUUACAGCGUUUAGAUAGAACAAAAAAAGAAAAAGGUUUACAAUCAAAAUUAUUUCAACGUUUAACGUUACAUUGUGCUCGUACUUUAACCGAUAAACAACGUCAACGUUUACCAGAUGAAUAUCGUUUAUUAAUUCAAGCUAAAUAUGAAUAUUUAGAAGAAAAAAAACAAUUAUCUCAAAUGAAUGAACACGAUCGACGUUUAUAUUUACAAGAGAAACAAAAACAACGUAUAAAAGAACAACAACCAUGUGAAGAUUUAGAUUUAUUACCUAUAAUGAAAGCAUUACCACCACCAAUUCUAUUAGAUAUUGAUAACAGUAACUAUGUUGGUCAUUUAUUAAUGAUUUGUACAUUUUUUACAUCUUGUCAUGGUUUAUUUAUAUCAACAUUAACAACGAAUCAGACAACAAAACAUGAUUUAUCCAAAUCAACACAAAUAUUUUUAAAAACAUUUAAACACGAUUAUCUAUUGAAUGCCUAUAAAACAAACACUACAGGAAUAUUUUUUAAUUAUUUCAAUGAAUUAUGUUUAAUAUUAAUGAAAUUAUUGUUCAAAGAAGAUGAAAAAAAAAGUUAUUCAGAUGAGAAUGACAAUGAUACAGAAGAACUACAAAUUGAACAUAAUGGUUCAGAGAAAAAUGAUGAUAGUAACGAAGCAAUAACAUCAAAUACAGUAUUAACAAAUGAUGAACUACAACAUAAUUAUUCCAUAUCUAUAACCGAUAUAACAUUAAAUUUAUUUACAUGUCAAGAAUUAACGCGUUUAUAUUUAUUAAAAGAAAAAAAUCACCAACAUCGAAUUAUAAUCGAUAAAUUAACGUCUGAUGAAUAUAAUCAAUUUUCGAUAAAUGAACAAAUUGAUCUCUUAUUAUUAUUAAUUAAUAUAAUUAUUAAUGAUAAUGAUCUAAUGAACGAUUAUUUUGAUUAUUUACAUCGACAAAUGACAGAGACAUUAAAAGAACGAACAAAAUUAGUAGGUGAAAAACGAAAACAAAUUGAAGAAGAAAAUAAAUUAAAAAAAUUACAGUUACAAAAUGGUGAACAUAAAACAAGUUCAAAAUCGAAAAAAUUCAAAUCUUUACCAGUUAAAACUAGUCAAAAUAACGAUGAAAAUCAACAAAAUGGAAUAAUAACACCGAUAACAUCGACAACAGCAAUUGAUGAAAUGACUGGUAUCGAAGAUGAUGAUGAUCUCAAAAGUAUAUCACAACGUCGACGACAAAAAGUACAAGAAUCAAAAGAGUUAAAAGAAAAGAAAGAAAUUGAAGCACAAAAAUUAUAUAAUGAUCAAAAACGAGAUGCAAAUAUACAACGAGCAGAUCUUGCUUACCAGGAAGCACUGAAAAAUGUUCAUCUAGGUCUGCGUAUUAAACCACUCGGCUACGAUCGUAAUUGUAAUCGAUAUUGGUACUUUAAAGGUUAUGCUGGAAUUUUUGUUGAAUCGGGUUGGAUUAGUUCCAAUAUUGAUUAUAAUGUCCAACAUCAUCAACCAAUAUCCAACAGUCAAACAUCUUCUUCCUCAUAUACGGCAGACAAUGAUGAUUGCAUAAAAAAUCAAUCGAAUGAAAAAUGCAUUCCAAAAUUUGAUCAAAAUCGAUGGUAUACAUAUAAUGAUGAGAAAACAAUUGAACAAUUGAUACAAAGUUUACACGAUCGUGGUAUUCGUGAACAAGAAUUAUUAAUAAAUCUAAAAAAAUGUUUACCAUUUAUUAAAUCUGAAUUUGAACAAUUAGGAAAAAAACAACAAAAAAGUAUUGAUGAAACACUGUCUGGUCAACCACAACCAUCAACAUCCACUGAGACAAUAGCAGGUGAUACUGAAUCUACUAGUAGCCAAAUAACGGAAAAAGAUUUUUCAACUGAACAAUUUGAUAUCAUCAAUGGAUUUAAAAGUGAUCUUGAAGAAAUUGAAAAUCGAUUAAGAUUAGGUAGUUUGGGUGGUUUUAUAGUUACUGAUAAUUAUGAUGAAUGGCAUGAAAAAUUGUUAAAUACAACAAAUCGACAAGAAUUAGGUGAUUUAUUAAUACAAUUACAACAAACAGUUGUAGAAAAAUAUGCGACCGGUAUAUUUGGUAAUCGUGAAAAACGUCGACAACAACAAAUACAUUCAGGUAAAAAUAAAAAGAAAUCAAAAUUAAAUUAUGUUCAAUCGUCAGCGCAUGCAUUACAAACAUGGAUUAAUGAUGUUAAAACAUGUAAAACAUAUUCAAGAUUACAUGUGUUAAUGACGAUAUUCGAAACAGCAAUUGCAUGGGAAAAAUCAACCAUUGGUGUGAAAUGUAAAGUUUGUCGAAAGAAGAAUAAAGAUGAUAAUAUUUUAUUAUGUGAUCAAUGUUGUCAUGGCUAUCAUAUUGAGUGUUUAAGAGAUUUUAGUAUUGAUUCAAAAUUUUCUUCAUCAUCUGCCGAUCUUUGGUAUUGUCCUGCAUGUCGACCACAACCAACUUCUAAACGUCGUACACGUCCACAACGUGGUGGAAACAAAAAAAUUCAUUAUUAUAAUGGUGAUAUUUAUAAUGAUGAUGUGGUGGAUGUUGAUAACGAAGAAGAUGAUGUGUUAUCAAAUAAUAAUCAGGAUGUAGCAUAUGAUAAUAUGUCGGUGGGAGAAGAAAAUGGUAAUGAAUUUAAUGACGAUGAUUCUGAAAUGGAUAUUGAUGAAAAUGAUGCGUGCUGCCGUGUUUGUGGUUAUGAAGCAGAUGAGGAUAAUGAAUUGGUUCAAUGCAGUCAAUGCAAAUCGCGUUAUCAUUGUCAAUGCCAUGAACCAGCAUUGCGUCAUCCUCCAAGAUCAUCUAAUUGGGUUUGUAAUACAUGUCGAACGGGUAGUGGUGGUGUAAGUGACGACAGACGAUCAAUUCGUUUAAGAAACCGAAGACAAUCGAAAAAAAUUGAUAAAAGAAAAUUACAACGAGGUCGAAAACGUGCAAAUAAUACUGAUGAUGAUGAUGAUGGUGAUGAUGAUGAUGAUGAUGACGAUGUAUCAUACACUGGUAGAUCUACACGAUCUCGUCGAAAGAAACGUGAAAUAAGUGAUGAAGAAGAAGAAGACGAAGAAGAAGAAGAAGCAGCAGCUGAUGAACAAACUAUUGAAGAAGAUGAAGGAGUUCAGCGUCGUUCGUCAAAAAGGCUUCGUAAAUCUGAUGCUAAGCCAUUUGUAUAUAAACCAAGAAGAGUUCGCAUAGAAAAAUCCACAUCAUCAUCUGAACAAGCCAAUGAUGAUGAAAUCGCUUCUGAAGAAAGUGGAAAGGAAAAUGAUGUCUAUCAUUCUUCAGAUACAACCAGCGAAGAUGAGAAUGAUGCAGAAAUAAAAAAUGUUUCAGAAAAAUCACCAACCCAGAAUGAAAAUGAGAAUUUAUCGUCAUGA